AUGGCGAUGUGGUGGCAGCUUGCGCUGCCCAUCUUUGUGUUUAUCCAGGGCAAGAUUGCAGAUGAGCAACGGCCCCUGAAAGACCCACGAGAAAUUUUGACAGUCACCACCGAGAAGCAUCCCUCUACGGCCAUGCAGGGCAAGAUGGGACGGCACCUGGAGCUUGCACCAGGGGUAGUGCAGGAAGAGGUGCGAGAAGACAUAGUGAGUUUGAUGAUGGCACCAUGGGAUGGAGCCCAGCCGGGGCUAAUGGAGGAAGAGACCUCGGAGGCACUCCUGGACGAGGCGGUAGCGGAGAUCCGCAGGCUAAGAGACCGAGACCCUCGCAGCAGCAGAAACCUGGUGCAUCUGCUGACAAACUAUGUGUUGAGAGGGGUUCGCUCAAGACUGCCGAGCAUGCGGCAGUUCGAGAGAGAACUUCGAGGAGUUCUGGAAGCAUGGUGGGUGCAACUACGCCACCUGCAAAACAACCAUGCAGAUUGCCAUGCCAAUUGGGUGUGGACCUACUGGGGACGCGUUCGGAGCCGCUGCAGGGCGGCCUCAAGGCGGGCGGUUCAACGACAACGAGUUCUACGGGACAGAGCACACCCUGAAGCAUGUGAGCGUGAACAGGACCAGAUGGAUGUUGAUGAGGCCCUUCAACAACCCCCCCAAGGCGAGCAAGACGUGGCACUGGAGGAUGGGGCUAUGGGCCAGGAUGCCCUCCAGCCCUUGCAAAAUGGGUAUGAGGAAGACAAGCCCCCUGUGGAGUUGGAUGUGGACGCAGCUCUACACCUGGACCAGGGACGCGUGGAGGCCGAAAGUCCUAAGAUGGAAGAGUCGCCUCAGCAGGAAGCAGCGCCACGGGGAUCACCAGAGGCUGAGGUGGUUGAGUUGAUGCAGCGAUACAGCAAUGCGCCUUGGAAGGCGAGACCUAGGGACAAAUGGCUUGGACAUGGAGAUGGAGAUGGAGAGCACCGCCGUAGGUGGAAGUGGAAGGACCAGCCGCCACGUAGCAAGGAGGGAUCACCUCCCCGCAAGUCCAAGGGCAAGGGCAAGGGCAAGAAGGGACAAGGACCGUUUUGGACUACGAAGACAACCAGAAGAUUGGCUCCGUUGCAGAGAAGGCCUCCUCGGACCGACGCAGGGAGCUCCCGUGCUCGGACCAGUGACACGUGCCGAGAUGAGGAUAUGGAAGUGGUGGAAGUAGAAGACGAGUCGGGAGCAGCCUCGUCGAGUAGACCAGCAAGGGAGGAAGAGCCAGGCAGGGAAUUGCUCACUAUGGCCGAUGCAAGAAGUUUGUGGAGGAGCUUCCAAGACCUUGAUGAGGAAGAUGAUCCAAUGGGGUAUCCCCAGUGGACUCUUGACAGGGUUAGGGAUACGAUAGUGGACUGGGAGACGAUGGAGAUCUCCACGCUCAUGCUUGCGCACACGCAGAUGCAAGCGUUGCAGGCGGCCCAGGUGUCCCAGAUCUUGCAGGAGCAACUUGACAGGCUCGCAGGAGGGGAAGAAGAACAGGAGGAAGAGCCUGAGAAUGCAUGCAUGAUGCAGACAACGGCAGGUAUCUGGACACAGGGAGGGGCAAUUUCCUCCUUUACCCUGAUGGUAGACCAAAUGUCCAAAGAGCUGCAGAAUAUGGCCAUGGCGCGCCAGAAGAGCUCUGCAGAGCUCCUUCGCGGCAUGUUGUCACAGAGGUACGGCACGGGGAUUGGUCGCUCAGCCAUGGGUGAUAAGGCCAAGACCAUCGAGGCUUUGGUGGGAGCCUAUGGCAUUGACGAUACGGACGCUGACACCGACUACAUGGAAACCUCUGAGGACAAGCUGUGGGCCGGCAACUGGUGGCAAAGGUUUGUGACGCAUCUUGUCAAGGACGAUGCUGAGCUCAGAAACGCCAAGAAGGACGCUGCCAUCCUGGUUCAGGACAGUUGUGAAGGUGCGGGGUCGGCAUCCUCGACCCAGCUGGAUAGACCAGCCUCUGUCAUGGAGACAGCCAGUCCAGAUCGCCUUCUACAAGCAGAAAGGGAAGAGUAUGAGGCAGCGCAAAGGGCAGAACAAGCAGAGAUUGACAAAGCCAUAGCCAAGCACGAGCAAGACGUGGAGAAUGAAAGAAGGGCGGACGAGGAGAGGUAUGAGACUCUGCAGGCCAUGCGCGUGAGAGAAUGGGAAGAUUGGACUAUGGCCCAAAAUCUCGGCCAAGCCAGUGGCGGACGCCGGGUCAAGCUGAAGAUUCAAAUCAGCAUGCAGGGGCACCUUGUGGAACCGUCUGUGGAAGUGGACAUGCGAGAGGGGAGAAGUGUGCGGGUGCCAAAGCCGACUCUGGACAACGACCCUCUGGCUGCCUUCUUCGAGUCGGAGCGCGGAGAUAGGUUGUGGCAGCAGUGGUGCGUGGGCGUCAGCAACCAGCAAGUUAAGGAGCAAUAUGGCGAGGAUGUGCUGGAGGCGGUGAUCGCGUCGGAGCUGAUGUUGCAGCAGCAAGCCCAAGCCCGGCAAGAAGCUCUGAGUGCUACGGCUAGUGUGGAAGGUGACCGUGGAGGGCAAGCAGGGUCAGAGUGA